GAAGUGAAUCUUCGUCUCUCUUCAUCGAAGGAAACCGUAGCGCGCACGAAACUGAGAACGAAAGCGAGAACAAGAACCACGAAUACAGGGUUAGGGUUAGGGUUCUGAUCCAAUGGGGCCCUUCCGAUUCCUUCUACUCUUCUUCUUCCUCGGGGUCGUGGCCGCCGAGUCACCCCAAACCAUACUCCGGACCACGACCCAAGCCGUCGCCGCCUCCGCCUUCGCCUACGACCACCUCUACUGCGACAGCUGGAGGCUCUCGGUGGAGACCAACAACGCCAGGUUCUGGCGGACGGUCCCGUUCCGGUGCAGCGAAUUCGUGCAGGAGUACAUGAGCGGCGCGCGGUACGCGUCGGACACCGACAUCGUCGUGGAUGAGUCGCUGGCCUUUGCACGAAGCGUCCAGAUCGCCAAUGACGGGAACGACGCCUGGAUCUUUGACGUCGAUGAGACGCUGCUCUCGAAUGUACCCUAUUAUGCCAUCAACGGAUUCGGAACAAAGGUCUUCAAUGAGACUUCAUUCAAUGAAUGGGUAGAUAAGGCAAGAGCACCAGCUUUAGCAGCAAGUCUAAGGCUGUAUGAAGAGCUCUUGGUUAGUGGUUUUCAGAUUAUUCUGCUCACUGGCCGAAAUGAAGCUCAAAGGAAGGUCACUGUGGAGAAUCUAUUGCACGCUGGGUACCAUUCUUGGAGAAGUCUCAUAUUUAGGGAGGACUCUGAUAUGGGCAAGCCUGCGGUGGUCUUCAAAUCAGGAAGGCGGGCAGAGUUGGAAGGUCAAGGAUUCAGGAUUCUGGCAUCCUCAGGGGAUCAAUGGAGUGACUUGCUGGGGUUUCCGAUGGCCCAACGAUCUUUUAAACACCCAAAUCCCAUGUAUUAUAUCGGUUGAUCUACUGAUCUCUGACUGACCGACUGCUUGAUUGAUUGGACAUCUCACCCUCAAUGUAAAAUGCUUUCCAUGAUAGAAUCUUCUAUGGAUACAAGUAUGUCCGUAAAUUGUAUUAAUGCUCUAUUGGAUCUAAAUCAUGAGCAAGUCAAAAUUGUUCUUA